UUUUGAGUCAUCCAUGUUGUCAUCAUCCCUCCAGCAGAAAACAGCAGGGGAGAUUAAAAAAAUAUUGUGCAGCAGUUUUGUGUGUCUAUUUUUGCCAAUAAUUAUAGUCUUACGAGAAUCUGCCUGCCUCAUAAUGCUGCAAGUGUUGUGUGUAACAGUAAUUGUGGAGUGAUAAGGGUGAAAAAAGUGUAAAUUCCAAUGAUUUGAACAGGAGCGGGCGGAACUUAUCCGAAAUAUAUCUGUGCUGCUUUUGCCUACUUGCUUUCCGUCAUUGUUUGUUCCGUCUGAUGUUUGGACUUUGUAGUCCUUUCCAGCAGCUGUGAAUUCGAUCGAAAUCAUAAAAUCGAGGAUUGGAGCAACACUAGAGGUGGGACUUAGCUAGACAUAAACAGGCGAUAACAGAACAGGUGCACAACAUGUCGGCGGGUCCAUACAACUAUUCCUACAUUUUCAAAUAUAUCAUCAUCGGUGAUAUGGGCGUGGGUAAAAGUUGUCUCCUGCAUCAGUUUACCGAAAAGAAGUUUAUGGCAAGCUGUCCGCACACAAUCGGAGUGGAGUUUGGCACCCGAAUCAUCGAGGUCGACAAGCAGAAGAUCAAGCUACAGAUAUGGGAUACUGCUGGGCAGGAACGCUUUCGAGCCGUGACACGAUCGUACUACAGAGGAGCGGCUGGUGCGCUAAUGGUUUAUGAUAUUACCAGGAGAUCUACUUAUAACCACCUUUCGAGCUGGUUAACCGACACCCGUAAUUUGACUAACCCAAGUACUGUGAUAUUUUUGAUCGGCAAUAAGUCGGACCUGGAGAGCACCCGCGAGGUUACCUACGAAGAGGCGAAAAAAUUCGCCGACGAGAACGGGCUUAUGUUCGCUGAGGCUAGUGCAAUGACUGGCCAAAACGUAGAAGAAGCAUUCCUGGAAACGGCACGUAAAAUCUACCAAAGUAUCCAAGACGGUCGUUUGGACUUGAACUCGUCCGAAUCCGGUGUACAGCAUAAACCGGCACAGCCAGGGCGAACUUCGCUGAGCGGAGAUUCCCAGAACAACAAGGACAACUGUUCAUGUUAGUCGUCCCUGGUGCGCGCGUAACCGAUAACGGUCCCGUUAGAAACGAAGGAAUGAUUGAUAAGAUUCUCUAGUUGGUGUACUGUAUAUAUCUAGUGCAGGCGCACCAAUUUGUCGUUUUGCCAAAGUGAGUCCAAUGGAUUGGAAAUAAAAAAAAAGAAGUAUAUAGUGAUUGUCUCCGUAGUUACUGUGGUUUGUAAUUAAACCCUCAAAUAUAACGUAACUGAGAAUAAUUCGCUAGGAGAACAAAUCUUUGUAGAAUAAUUAGGCUGGUCAAGGUUAUUGAAUGAUUACGAAAUGUUUAUUUGUUGUUGAUUUGAUUCUUAGUUUUUUAGCAAUGAUAUGUAACGAUCUGCAGCGAGAGGAUUAAUAUCCAUAUUAUUUCCUGAAACAAUAAUUGAUAGAUGUCUUACUUUCAAUCAGUAGUGCAGCACAGCAUGAAACUAAUCUUUAUCGGAAUACAUGUAUAAUACGUGUACAACAAACAUAUAAGAACAAUAUUAAAAAUAAAUAUAAUUGAAUGUUUAUUACGAAUCAAAAAGUAGUAAAUUAAUAUAUCUAUGAUGUAGACGAAAAAUAAACAUCUUUUGUAGAUAAGGAAGCAAAACGAGGAAAGUAUCAAUAGUACUACUGUAUUUAUGGUUAAGACCAUUACGAUAAUCCCUUUUAAACAUUGGAGAUUUUAUCUGUGUUUCUAAUUGCUUUUUAGUACUAUUGCCGCGUUUUCUCGAAAUUUCUAGGUUGAGAAUAGAAACCUACGCAGAUAUUUUGAAAGAAGCCACCUAUCCAAACAAAUUGGAAGCGUCCAUCAUUUUCUAGUACAAAGUAUAAGUUUAUUAUUACACGAAUCCGAAUCUACAAUGUUACAUCACUCAAAAUAAAAAUUCCCUCAUUUCAACGCGUGAUUUUUCGCGCAUAAAUUCCAUUUUAUCUAAAACAGUAAAUUCCAAAAUGACAAUUCGAGAAGCCUAAAACACGUGUCAUGAACCCAGAUAUGAGUCAUGUGAGGCAAAAAUUAUAUUUAGCAAAUCUUGACCUUCAAAGUAAUAAAAUACAUACAAAAGUAUUAAUUGAAAGUGAACGAAAAUAAAAGGCGCAAUGUCUGCGACGUGAUGUUUAAGGUAAUCGAUCGUUAUAACGAUGCAGAAGCGAGCAGAUAAUGUUAGGGAAAAAUAUAAUAUAAAAUGAUUAAAAACUUGAAUAAAACUUCGAAAAUGACAUUUAGCAUCUAUCACUUAAACAGAA